UAGUGUCUUCUCUCAUUACCUACAGCAGAAAAGGCAUGAGUAAAAGCCAGCUGACUUGCCCCUCCAAUCUCUCUUACUCUCUCUCCCCAAUUCACUAGCCAUUCUCAACCUGGUAGCAGCACCAAUAGUGCUGCUUAAGGACCUACAAACAGCAAGAAAGGGUAUUGCUGAUCACCCCAGAGGUUUCUGGGUCAUCCUGUGUUAUCUCCCAUUUCCCAAUGAAAGGAGAGGCAGCAACAUGUGUGGUUGGUGAAUUUGAACAAAGCCGGCCUCGCCCCUCCGUUCCCUCCCUCCAAUGACUGGAAGGGAAAAAGACGGCUGCCGAGCAGGCAGGCUCCGCCCAGGAAGAGACGAGAAGCUGCGUCUGGAUGCCCGCCCGUCUGGCGCAGGUUGAUGAGACAAUCUGGAGGAGGCGGAACAAAGAGAGGAGGAAGCCGAAGCAGGUUGUGAGGCCAUUCCAGCUGUUCUUCCAUCAUGGGGGAAAGAAAAGGAGUAAAUAAAUAUUACCCACCUGAUUUUGAUCCAGCCAAGCAUGGCUCACUUAAUAAGUACCGCAACAGCCAUCCUCUGCGGGAAAGAGCCCGUAAACUCUCCCAGGGCAUCCUCAUCAUCAGGUUUGAGAUGCCUUACAACAUCUGGUGUGAUGGCUGCCAGAACCAUAUCGGCAUGGGUGUUCGCUACAAUGCUGAGAAGAAGAAGGUUGGCAAUUAUUACACAACCCCCAUCUACAGGUUCCGAAUGAAGUGUCACCUUUGCCCCAACCGCAUUGAGAUGCAGACAGACCCUGCCAACUGUGAUUAUGUUCUUGUCAGUGGUGCCCGGCGCAAGGAAGAGCGCUGGGAUGUGGAAGCCAAUGAGCAGAUAGUGGCCACAGCCCACGAGGAGAAGCAGAAGCUGGAGACAGAUGCCAUGUAUCGAUUGGAGCAUGGUUCAAAGGAUCAGAGCAAGCUCCAGCGAGCCCUCCCCACCCUGCAGAACAUCCAGGAGGCUCAGAGUGCCUGGAAAGAUGACUUUGCCCUCAACAGCCUCCUUCGCCGGAAAUUCAGGGAAGAAAAGAAAGUCCUACAAGAGGAGGAGGAGAAAGAUCUCGCAUUGCAGUCAAAAGCAAGCCUGAGCAUCCCACUUGUGCGAGAAUCUGAUGAAGACCGGCAUCUGGCAGCACUACUCAAGUAUCAGAGCCUUGGCUCUUAUGAAGACAAACAGAAGCAAAAACGCAGUGAGAUUGUUGACCGCCCAUGGUUCUCGUCUGCCCAGAUCUCAAGCCCCAAAGCCAAUGACACCCUGAAAAAGCUGGCAUUCUCUACAAAAUCCCUAGCUGGCAAGUUACCCAUCGCUAUGAACAACCUGGGUGUUGUGCGUCGGAAAUCCAGGGAUAGAGAACAAGCUUCAGCUGAGGAGGAUAAUGAGAUAUCAGAUCCCACAUUACAAGUUAACAGGCAGGACCAGGACAGUGAAGCAAGUAGAGAGACCCUUGACUGUCCCACGAGGCCUGAGGUGGGCUCCCAAAAGGCUGAAGGAAGCCCCGCAUCUCAUUUUGCUGCCUCUCUUGUUGGAGAUUAUUCAGACUCUGCAUCUGAUCCUGAAGCUGAACUAUGAACAGAGCUUUGUGGCUCUGGGAUAGAAAGAAAGUGGAUGGACUUGGUAGGCAAAGUGCACUGUUUUUUUUCAAACCAACAAGAGACUGUACUGUCUGCAGUUAUUGUGCCAAUCAGUUGGAUGCCUGAACAGGUAUAGGGGGGAUGUGUGUGUGCAUGUGUUCCCUUGGGAAUUUCAUUUUGCUGCCUUUUCUUGGACUGUUUGCAUCUCUGCCCCUGGUUAUUUAAGUAUGAUCCCUUCCCUAUUUACUCCAGCAUGCCAUAAAAUAAACACAGCUAUCCCCAUAA